AUGCAGACCGCAAAGAUCUGCGAAGUACUGGACGACCACGAGUUUGUGUUUAUCGAUGGGUCGGUUCCAACAGAGCCAAGUGAAGGCGCCACUGUCGUCACAGAUGAGUUCUACGGCUAUAUGCCAGAUGUCAUUUCCGAAGCUAGUCAAUGUCGAAAUCUACUGGCGGGAUUGGUAGAUUAUGUCCACAGCAAUGGGCCCUUCGACGGAGUGAUGGGAUUCUCGGAGGGAGGCAUUAUGGCGUCUAUGCUGCUUAUUGAAGAUGCCCGCCAUCCCUUUGCGGGAUUCAAAUGCGGCAUAUUUUUUAGCGCAGCCUUGCCCUUGGAUCCAGAUGUGGUCCGCACGGAAGUUCUACGUUGCAUCGACCCGGAAAUUGAUGGAGUCGUGCUCCAUAUCCCCACGGCCCUAAUAGUUGAGGAAAACCUUGUUCGUUUGCGGGGCCGGUCGCCCCUGGCAGCAUUGUGGUCCCAGGAGGAUUCUCAGGAGGCGCUAGUUCGGAUUUGCGACGAGAGGUUCCGCGAGGUGGUCCGACAUGAUCUAGGGCACCAAGUCCCCGGGUCCAAAUCAAUGGAGGGGUUUUUGGAGACUUUGCAAGCUAUUGAAAGGACCAUUGAGAGGGCUGGUGAUCUUUCUAGCUAG